AGGAGGGGGUCCAAAGGCCCUGUGCUCAGCACCUAUAUUCUGGAGGUGGCACCCCUAAAAACAGUACCCCAUCAUGUUUAACCUAAUGAAGAAGGAUAAGGACAAAGAUGGCGGGCGGAAGGAGAAGAAAGAGAAGAAGGAGAAGAAGGAACGGAUGUCAGCAGCAGAGCUACGGAGCUUGGAAGAGAUGAGCCUGCGCCGUGGCUUCUUCAACCUGAACCGGUCCUCUAAGCGUGAGUCCAAGACACGCCUGGAAAUCUCUAACCCCAUCCCCAUCAAGGUGGCCAGUGGCUCUGACCUGCACUUGACUGACAUUGACUCCGAUAGCAACCGGGGCAGCAUCAUCCUGGACUCGGGCCAUCUUAGCACAGCCAGCUCCAGUGAUGACCUGAAGGGUGAGGAAGGCAGCUUCCGGGGCUCUGUACUGCAGCGGGCAGCCAAGUUUGGCUCACUGGCCAAGCAGAACUCACAGAUGAUUGUCAAGCGCUUCUCCUUCUCCCAGCGUAGUCGAGAUGAGAGCGCUUCAGAAACUUCGACCCCUUCAGAGCACUCUGCAGCCCCCUCACCACAGGUGGAGGUGAGGACGCUUGAGGGACAGCUGAUGCAGCAUCCUGGCCCAGGCAUCCCACGGUCAAGGCCAAGGUCUCGAGUCCCUGAGCUGGUGACCAAAAGGUUCCCAGCCGACCUGCGCCUUCCCCCAGUGGUCCCCCCAUCCUCCCCUGCCCUCCGGGAACUGGAGCUGCAACGAAGACCCACUGGAGAUUUUGGCUUCUCCUUACGGCGCACCACCAUGCUGGAUCGGGGUCCUGAGGGCCAGGCCUAUCGGCGAGUGGUUCACUUUGCUGAGCCAGGCGCAGGCACCAAGGAUCUGGCCCUGGGGCUGGUGCCAGGAGAUCGACUGGUGGAGAUUAAUGGGCACAAUGUGGAGAGCAAAUCCAGGGAUGAGAUCGUAGAGAUGAUCCGACAGUCUGGAGACAGUGUGCGGCUCAAGGUGCAGCCCAUCCCAGAGCUCAGUGAGCUGAGCCGGAGCUGGCUGAGGAGCUGCGAGGGACACCGCAGGGAGCCAGCCGAUGCCAAGACAGAAGAGCAGAUCGCAGCUGAAGAGGCCUGGUAUGAGACCGAGAAGGUGUGGCUGGUUCAUAAAGAUGGCUUCUCCCUGGCCAGUCAGCUCAAAUCAGAGGAGCUCAGCUUACCUGAGGGGAAGGUGCGUGUGAAGCUAGACCAUGACGGAGCCAUCCUGGAUGUGGAUGAGGAUGACAUAGAGAAGGCGAAUGCUCCUUCCUGCGACCGUCUAGAAGACCUGACCUCGCUGGUGUACCUCAAUGAGUCCAGCGUCCUGCACACACUGCGGCAGCGCUAUGGCGCUAGCCUGCUGCACACCUAUGCCGGCCCCAGCCUGCUCGUCCUCAGCCCCCGAGGGGCCCCUGCCGUGUACUCGGAGAAGGUGAUGCACAUGUUCAAGGGGUGUCGGCGGGAGGACAUGGCACCCCACAUCUAUGCUGUGGCCCAGACUGCAUACAGGGCGAUGCUGAUGAGCCGACAGGACCAGUCUAUUGUCCUCUUGGGCAGUAGUGGCAGUGGCAAGACCACCAGCUGCCAGCAUCUGGUGCAAUACCUGGCCACUAUCGCUGGCACCAGUGGGAACAAAGUGUUUUCUGUGGAGAAGUGGCAAGCUCUCUACACCCUCCUGGAAGCCUUUGGAAACAGCCCUACCAUCAUGAAUGGCAAUGCCACCCGCUUCUCUCAGAUUCUCUCCCUGGACUUUGAUCAGGCUGGCCAGGUGGCCUCAGCCUCCAUUCAGACGAUGCUUCUGGAGAAGCUGCGUGUGGCCAGACGCCCAGCCAGUGAGGCCACGUUCAAUGUCUUCUAUUACCUGCUGGCCUGUGUGGAUGGCACCCUCAGGACAGAGCUCCACUUGAACCACUUGGCAGAGAACAAUGUGUUUGGGAUUGUGCCACUGGCCAAGCCUGAGGAGAAGCAGAAGGCAGCUCAACAGUUCAGUAAGCUGCAGACAGCCAUGAAGGUGCUGGCCAUCUCCCCUGAUGAGCAGAAGACCUGCUGGCUCAUCCUGGCUGCCAUCUACCACCUGGGGGCUGCAGGAGCCACCAAAGAGGCCCCUGAGGAGGAAGCGGAAGCUGCUGAAGCUGGGCGUAAGCAGUUUGCUCGCCAUGAGUGGGCCCAGAAAGCUGCAUAUCUGCUGGGCUGUAGCCUGGAGGAGCUGUCCUCAGCCAUCUUUAAGCACCAGCUCAAGGGUGGCACCCUGCAACGCUCUACCUCCUUCCGUCAGGGCCCUGAGGAGAGCAGCCUGGGAGAAGGCACAGGGCCCAAACUAAGUGCUCUCGAGUGCCUAGAGGGCAUGGCAUCUGGCCUCUACAGUGAGCUUUUUACCCUUCUCAUCUCCUUGGUGAAUAGGGCUCUCAAGUCCAGCCAGCACUCGCUCUGCUCCAUGAUGAUUGUGGACACUCCAGGCUUCCAGAACCCAGAGCAGGGAGGGUCAACCCGUGGAGCCUCCUUUGAGGAGCUAUGCCAUAACUACGCUCAAGACCGGCUGCAGAGGCUCUUCCAUGAACGUACUUUCGUGCAGGAGUUGGAAAGAUACAAGGAGGAGAACAUUGAGCUGGCAUUUGACGACUUGGAGCCAGCCACAGACGACUCAGUGGCCGCCGUGGACCAGGCCUCCCACCAAUCCCUGGUCCGUUCACUGGCCCGUGCAGAUGAGGCAAGGGGCCUGCUCUGGCUGCUGGAAGAGGAGGCACUGGUGCCGGGGGCCACUGAGGACACCCUCCUGGAGCGCCUUUUCUCUUAUUACGGUCCUCAGGAAGGUGACAAAAAAGGCCAAAGUCCCCUUCUGCGCAGCAGCAAACCACAUCAUUUUCUCCUGGGCCACAGCCAUGGCACCAACUGGGUGGAAUACAAUAUGGCUGGCUGGCUGAGCUACACCAAGCAGAACCCCGCCACCCAGAAUGCUUCUCGGCUCCUGCAGGAUUCCCAAAAAAAGAUCAUCAGCAACCUGUUUCUGGGCCGGGCAGGCAGUGCCACUGUACUCUCGGGCUCUGUCGCAGGCCUGGAGGGUGGCUCACAGCUAGCCCUGCGCCGGGCCACCAGCAUGAGGAAGACCUUCACCACAGGCAUGGCAGCUGUCAAGAAGAAGUCCUUGUGCAUCCAGAUUAAGCUGCAGGUGGAUGCCCUCAUUGACACCAUCAAGAGGUCCAAGAUGCACUUUGUACACUGCUUCCUGCCUGUGGCUGAGGGCUGGGCCGGGGAACCUCGAUCUGCCUCCUCACGCCGUGUAAGCAGCAGCAGCGAGCUAGACCUGCCCCCAGGAGACCCCUGCGAGGCUGGGCUCUUGCAGCUGGAUGUGCCCCUACUCCGUGCCCAGCUCCGGGGCUCCCGAGUGCUUGAUGCAAUGCGCAUGUACCGCCAAGGUUACCCUGACCACAUGGUGUUUUCCGAGUUCCGCCGUCGCUUUGAUGUCCUGGCCCCACACCUGACCAAGAAACAUGGGCGCAACUACAUCGUGGUGGAUGAAAAGCGGGCCGUGGAAGAGCUGCUGGAAUCCUUGGACCUGGAGAAGAGCAGUUGCUGCAUGGGGCUGAGCCGGGUGUUCUUCCGGGCGGGCACAUUAGCACGACUAGAGGAGCAGCGGGACGAACAAACCAGCAGGCACUUAACCCUGUUCCAGGCGGCCUGCAGGGGCUACCUGGCCCGUCAGCACUUCAAGAAGAGAAAGAUCCAGGACCUGGCCAUUCGCUGUGUACAGAAGAACAUCAAGAAGAACAAAGGGGUGAAGGACUGGCCCUGGUGGAAGCUCUUUACAACUGUGCGACCCCUAAUUGAAGUACAGCUGUCAGAGGAGCAGAUCCGCAACAAAGACGAAGAGAUCCAGCAGCUGAGGAGCAAGCUUGAGAAGGUGGAGAAGGAGCGGAAUGAACUGCGGCUCAACAGUGACCGGCUGGAGACCCGGAUCUCUGAGCUGACAUCGGAGCUGACGGAUGAACGUAACACAGGAGAGUCCGCCUCCCAGCUGCUGGAUGCAGAGACAGCAGAGAGACUGAGAGCCGAGAAAGAGAUGAAGGAAUUACAGACCCAGUAUGAUGCACUGAAGAAGCAAAUGGAGGUGAUGGAAAUGGAGGUGAUGGAGGCCCGGCUCAUCCGGGCAGCUGAGAUCAACGGGGAAGUAGAUGAUGAUGACACAGGAGGUGAGUGGCGGCUGAAGUAUGAGCGAGCUGUGCGAGAGGUGGACUUCACCAAGAAGCGGCUCCAGCAAGAGUUGGAAGACAAGCUUGAGGUGGAACAGCAAAGCAAGAGGCAGCUGGAGAGGCGGCUUGGGGACCUGCAAGCAGAUAGUGAUGAGAGUCAGCGAGCACUACAGCAGCUGAAGAAGAAGUGCCAGCGGCUAACCGCUGAGCUACAAGACACCAAGCUGCAUCUGGAGGGCCAGCAGGUCCGAAACCACGAACUGGAGAAAAAACAGAGGAGGUUUGACAGCGAGCUCUCACAGGCAAACGAGGAGACCCAGCGGGAGAAGCUGCAACGGGAGAAGUUGCAGCGAGAGAAGGACAUGCUCCUGGCCGAGGCAUUUAGCCUGAAGCAGCAACUGGAGGAAAAAGACAUGGACAUCGCUGGGUUCACCCAGAAGGUUGUCUCACUGGAAGCUGAACUGCAGGACAUUUCUUCCCAAGAGACUAAGGAUGAAGCCUCUCUGGCCAAGGUCAAGAAGCAACUCCGGGACCUGGAAGCUAAGGUCAAGGAUCAGGAAGAGGAGCUGGACGAGCAGGCGGGGACCAUCCAGAUGCUGGAACAGGCCAAGCUGCGUCUUGAGAUGGAGAUGGAGAGGAUGAGGCAGACCCAUUCCAAGGAGAUGGAGAGUCGAGAUGAGGAAGUGGAGGAAGCUCGGCAGUCAUGUCAGAAGAAGUUAAAACAAAUGGAGGUGCAGCUCGAAGAAGAAUACGAGGACAAGCAGAAGGCGCUGCGUGAGAAGCGGGAGCUGGAGAGCAAGCUUGCCACACUCAGUGACCAGGUGAAUCAGCGAGACUUUGAGUCAGAGAAACGGCUGCGGAAAGACCUGAAGCGCACCAAGGCCCUGCUGGCAGAUGCCCAGAUCAUGCUGGACCACCUGAAGAACAAUGCCCCCAGCAAGAGGGAGAUUGCCCAGCUGAAGAACCAGCUGGAGGAGUCAGAAUUCACCUGUGCAGCAGCUGUAAAAGCACGGAAAGCAAUGGAGGUGGAGAUCGAAGACCUGCACCUGCAGAUUGAUGACAUCUCCAAAGCCAAGACAGCGCUGGAGGAGCAGCUGAGCCGCCUUCAGCGUGAGAAGAAUGAGAUCCAGAACCGACUGGAAGAAGAUCAGGAGGAUAUGAAUGAGCUGAUGAAGAAGCACAAGGCUGCUGUGGCUCAGGCUUCUCGGGACCUGGCACAGAUGAAUGAUCUCCAAGCUCAGCUAGAAGAAACAAACAAGGAGAAGCAAGAGCUGCAGGAGAAGCUCCAAGCCCUUCAGAGCCAGGUGGAGUUCCUGGAGCAGUCCAUGGUGGACAAGUCCCUGGUGAGCAGGCAAGAAGCAAAGAUCCGGGAGUUGGAAACACGCCUGGAGUUUGAAAAGACCCAAGUGAAGCGGCUGGAGGGCCUGGCCAGCCGGCUCAAGGAAAACAUGGAGAAGCUGACUGAGGAGCGGGAUCAGCGCACUGCAGCUGAGAACCGGGAGAAGGAGCAGAACAAGAGGCUACAGAGGCAACUCCGAGACACCAAGGAGGAGAUGAGCGAGCUCGCCAGGAAGGAGGCUGAGGCGAGCCGCAAGAAGCAUGAAUUGGAGAUGGACCUGGAGAGUUUGGAGGCCGCUAACCAAAGCCUGCAGGCUGACCUAAAGCUAGCAUUCAAGCGCAUUGGGGACCUGCAAGCUGCCAUUGAGGAUGAAAUGGAGAGUGAUGAGAAUGAGGACCUCAUCAACAGUUUGCAGGACAUGGUGACAAAGUAUCAGAAAAGAAAGAAUAAACUUGAGGGAGACUCAGAUGUAGACUCAGAGCUGGAGGACCGUGUCGACGGGGUCAAGUCUUGGUUGUCAAAAAACAAGGGACCUUCCAAAGCAGCUUCUGAUGAUGGCAGCUUGAAGAGUUCCAGCCCCACCAGCCAUUGGAAGUCUCUUGCCCCUGAUCGGUCAGAUGAUGAGAACGACCCUCUGGACAGCACCUCCAGACCCCGAUAUUCCCACAAUUAUCUGAGUGACAGCGACACAGAAGCCAAGCUGACAGAGACCAAUGCAUAGCCCAGGGGAGUGGCUUGGAGACCUCCUACCCCACAGCCUCUCCCAGGAAAUGGCAGGGCACCGGCUCCCCACCCGACUGCUGAGCUGCAUGGAAAACACCCCAGCGCUCUUCCAUCAGGGGGAUUUUUCCAGGCUGUAGGGGUCCAACAUCUCCAUGGGGAAAAGAUGAGGAAAGAGGAGUUUCUGAACAGAGGACUUUCAGCCCCUCCCCGCCUCACAAAUGCCAAGCCCUUUGGCAUCUACCCUGGGCCGCUGUGGGCAGUGGCUGGUGGCCUGACACUGCAUGGAGCCAGCAAGUUGACCUCCAUCUCAGCCCCCUGCUCAGGGACAGUGGACAGAUCGCCUGCUUGGGCCACCUAGGUUGCUGGGUCCAUGGGGAGGAGGAGCAAGGGAGGGGGACUGCAACUCCUCCCCUCCAGUUUGGGGUGAGGGCUUUCUCUUCUCAGUGCCUGCUGUCUUUUUACUUUUUAAUUUAAAUACCCACCCUCUCCAUCACAGCUGCACCCCUGAGAGUGGGAGGGGGGCUGCAGUGGCAGCUGGGGCCCCCACUGGCCACCUCAGGAAUCUCCUCCAACCCCAUUCCUCCUGGCACAGUCCUUUCUUUAUGCAGCGUGGGGGAGGGCUGCCAGGUGCUUCUGGUUAGGCCUUGCCAGCCUCUACGGAUGGGUGCCUCUCUGCCAUGGAAACUCCCAAGCCCCACCCUAGCCUCUUCUCAUCACUGUGUUAAGUGCAAUGACUUAUUUAAGAGUAAACCCAUUCCACCUAUGCCAAGGGGCUUACCAAGCACUUCCUCCCUCCACUCUGUCCACAUCGCCAGCCAUCAGCUCCACUUGAGAAGGGUGGACUGGGGCUGAGGACUUGUGGGGGGAACAAGGGAAGAUGGAGGUGCUGGUCAAUGGCCGGUGUGUAUCAGACAUGAGUUCUCACCCUGUGUCCUGAGCCUGUGUCACAUUUCUCAUCUCCCUGUCCCCAUAGAUUAACUUCAGACCUGGCAACCAGCAGUCUGGAGGUCCCAGCAAACCUACCCCACAAAAGUGAUCCUACCAACUCCACUAGACUUGGGGGCCCAAGGGCAGUGCCUGGUGCUGCUCCCUUCUGCCGUCCCCCUUCUCUCCUGCAAUUGGUUUGUAUUCAUUGGGCUGCGCUUUCCCUUGAUGACCUGACAUAUGGAAAUAAAGGCCCUUUUCCUCUUGGCC